GCUGGUGGAGGCAGCUGAUUCCCUAACACAGUCCUUUCCUUCUUCCAGCACUCAGAGACCAGCCUUAGCUCCUUCCAAGAGUUCGUGGGGAAAUUCGCCCCGGCCGAGAGACCGGGAACGUGGAUUUUUUAAAAACGUCUCCCAGGUGAUUCCACAGGCUCUCAAGGAAGAAAACGAGCCAGGUGACCAAACUGGCCUCUAUCCGCAGCGUGGUCCCUUUAAGAGCCUCCCUCCCUGCGCCCUUCUCCCGCCCGCGACUAGGAGGAGGCGGAACCGGAAGUUGUGGGGGACGCGCCGGUCUCCAACAUGGCGGCCGCCUGGCCCUCCGGGCUGGCUGCACCGGGGGCCGUGGCUGCCCCGUUCCUUGGUGUCCUGUGGCUCAUCUCAGGCACCACGGGACCUUGGGGGGCUGCCGCCACAGCCGCCGCCGGGGGCGAGGAGUUGCUUAAGUGCGAGGACCUCAAAGUGGGACAAUAUAUCUGUAAAGAUCCCAAAAUAAAUGAUGCUACGCAAGAGCCAGUUAACUGUACAAACUACACAGCUCACGUUCCAUGUUUUCCAGCACCCAACAUAACUUGUAAGGAUUUCAGUGGCAAUGAAACACAUUUUACUGGAAAUGAAAUUGGUUUUCUCAAGCCCAUAUCUUGCCGAAAUGUAAAUGGCUAUUCAUACAAAGUGGCAGUUGCGUUGUCUCUUUUUCUUGGAUGGUUGGGAGCAGAUCGAUUUUACCUUGGAUACCCUGCCUUGGGUUUGUUAAAGUUUUGCACUGUAGGGUUUUGUGGAAUUGGGAGCCUAAUUGAUUUCAUUCUUAUUUCAAUGCAGAUCGUUGGACCUUCAGAUGGAAGUAGUUACAUUAUAGAUUAUUAUGGAACCAGACUUACAAGACUGAGUAUUACUAAUGAAACAUUUAGAAAAACACAGUUAUAUCCAUAAAUAUUUUCAAAAAGAAACAGAUUUGAACCUCCUUGAUUUUAAUAGAGAUCUCCCAGUAUGUGGAUUUCCAGAUUUUCCUUUUUCCUUCUUCACAUACCACUUCAUGAGUUCUAAAUAAUUUUGUUGUGGUGGUUAUUUUUGUUUUGUUGAUUUCAUUAAAAGUAUAUAAUUCUGAGAUUUAUUUAAUAGGACUUUCGUUGAGAGCUGUAAAAUAGUCUUUCUCAGGCUGCUGUCUCUGUGAGAUACAUGGCUUUUACUCUGAUAUUCUUUAAUGUCUUUUACAAAGGCAGGUUGCCACUUGUCAUUUUUGCUUCUGAAAAAUAAAAGUAUAACUUAUUCACA